AUGCAGCUCCUACUACAGCAACUCACCUACGAACACAUCCCCUUCGACAACUGCAGCUCCUACGACAACAACUGCAGCUCCUACAACGCCAAUCACAACUGCAGUACCUACGAACACAUCCCCUUCGACAACUGCAGCUCCUACGACAACAACUGCAGCUCCUACAACGCCAAUCACAACUGCAGUACCUACGAACACAUCCCCUUCGACAACUGCAGCUCCUACGACAACAACUGCAGCUCCUACAACGCCAAUCACAACUGCAGCACCUACGAACACAUCCCCUUCGACAACUGCAGCUCCUACGACAACAACUGCAGCUCCUACAACGCCAAUCACAACUGCAGCUCCUACUACAACAACAGUAACUCCUACAACACCAAUCACAACUGCAGCUACAACUACCAUUUUAACUCCUGCGACAACAACAUCUGCAGCUCCUACUACAACAACUCAGCCCCUACUGUGACCAGAAAUGAAGAUCCUUCUACAAUAACCACAACAACAUCCCCUACGACAACUGCAGCUUCUACUACAACCACUGUAGCUCCUACGGCCACAACAACUACAGCAGUUCCUACAACAACAACUGAAGCUGCUUCCACAAGCACUACAGCAACCCUUACUGCAACCACAACUGAAGCUUCUUCUACAACAACAAUAGCACCUACAACAUCCCCUUCGACAAGUGCAGCUCCUACUACAACCACCGUAGCUCCUACGGCCACUACAACUACAACUGAAGCUGCUUCCACAAGCACUACUGCAGCCCCUACUGCAAUCAUGACUGAAGCUUCUUCUACAACAACUAUAGUACCUACGAACACAUCCCCAUCGACAACUGCAGCUCCUACAACGCCAAUCACAACUGCAGGUACAACUACCAUUUUAACUCAUACGACAACCACAACUGCAGCUCCUACUACAACAACUGAAGCUGCUUCCACAAGCACUACAGCAACCCUUACUGCAACCACAACUGAAGCUUCUUCUACAACAACAGCAGCUCCUACAACAUCCCCUUCGACAACUGCAGCUCCUACUACAACCACCAUAGCUCCUACGGCCACUACAACUACAGCAGCUCCUACAACUACAACUGAAGCUGUUUCCACAAGCACUACUAUAGCCCCUACUGCAAUCAUGACUGAAGCUUCUUCUACAACAACCAUAGUACCUACGAACACAUCUCCUUCGACAACUGCAGCUCCUACGACAACAACUACAGCUCCUACAACGCCAAUCACAACUGCAGGUACAACUACCAUUUUAACUCAUACGACAACCACAACUGCAGCUCCUACUACAACAACUGAAGCUGCUUCCACAAGCACUACAGCAACCCUUACUGCAACCACAACUGAAGCUUCUUCUACAACAACAAUAGCACCUACAACAUCCCCUUUGACAACACCUACGAACACAUCCCCUUCGACAACUGCAGCUCCUACGACAACAACUGCAGCACCUACAACGCCAAUCACAACUGCAGCUCCUACGGCCACUACAACUGCAGUAGCUCCUACAACAACAACUGUAGCUGCUUACACAGCCACUACUGCAAUCCCUACUGCAACCACAACUGAAGCUUCUUCCACCACCACAGCUGCAGCCGCUACUGCAACCACAACUGAAGCUUCUUCUACAACAACUAUAGAACCUACGACAACCACAUCUCUUUCGACAACUGCAGCUCCUACAACAACAAAACUCCUACGGCCACAACAACUACAGCAGUUCCUACAACAACAACUGAAGCUACUUCCACAAGCACUACAGCAACCCUUACUCACCUACGAACACAUCCCCUUCGACAACUGCAGCUCCUACGACAACAACUGCAGCUCCUUCAACGCCAAUCACAACUGCAGUACCUACGAACACAUCCCCUUCGACAACUGCAGCUCUUACGACAACAACUGCAGCACCUACAACGCCAAUCAAAACUGCAGCUUCUACAACAACAAAAGUAACUCCUACAACGCCAAUCACAACUGCAGCCACUACUGCAACCACAAGUGGAGCUUCUUCUACAACAACUAUAGCACCUAUGACAACCACAACAACUUCCCCUUCAACAACUGUAGCUCCUACUACAACAACUGCAGCUCCUAA